AUGACAAUAAGACCAAAAGCAUUCGAACUUCACACUGAGAGAUCCGUGAAAGUAGUGCGUGGCAGAAAUGCGUCACUGAUCUGCAGCUUCACAGAUCCUGCUGAUGCCGUCUACUGGUACAAGCACAACUCCACCGGAGCUCCUGAUGAUGACGCCGAACUUGUUGCCUCGGAAUUCCUUGGAAUAUCUGAUCCUUUGCCAGGGAUAGAGAGGUUCAGAAUCACGGAAGACUACAGACUUCUUAUAAGUGACGUCUCCAUUGCGGACGAGACCACCUAUUCGUGUUUCGUUGUUCUUCAGACGGGGAUAACGAAACGGGGCUACACGGACCUGAGAGUCAUAGUUUUGGCAGAUUCCGAUGGACCAAAAAUUGGCUCUUGCAACACCUUUGUACCGGGAGAAUGUACAUACAAUGUUCCAACGGAUCCUCCUGAAGAAGUCGUGUUCGUUUGUGAACUUUGCGGUGUACGUCCUUCAGUUAACCUGGAAUGGGUGAGGAGUGACGACAGAGUGAUGGAACAAGCAUUAGGUCCACUAAUUGUUGAGAAGGACGGACUCUAUAAGGUCGCAUCAAUUCUUGAGGUUCCUGAGUCCGGGUUUGAUUAUGACUAUUUAUGUCAAGCUACAGGGGACGCAGUUCAAAAUGCAUCAUCAACAAAACUUACGUUCGAAGAGGGAACAGUUUUAGUGUCUGGCUGGUCAAAUACAAGUGUGCUUGGUAUCGUGGUUGGACUAGUGGUCUUCAUUGUGAUCGCGGUGGUGAUAUCUCUCAGGAUGUUCUUACGGGGUAAGCAUGCGCAAGGUGAAGUUCUCCCUGACGAUAAGCUUGUUAUUAAACCAGACUGCAGUGGAUAA